AUGUGGGGGCCGGCGCGGGCCGGCUUCCGAGCCCCUGGGAAGCCCCUGCAGCUCCGGAGGUCGUUGCUCACAUCAGCACUUUUCUCCCAAAAGACCGCGACCCUGACCGUCACGCCCAAGACUGGGCUGGCCGACGAGGUCCUGGAUAUUCAAGUGGAAGGUUUAGGCCCCAGAGAGCGGGUGACCCUGCGGGCAUCGGCUGCGAGCCACCGCGGCCGCCACUUCCACUCGCUCGCCCACUAUGAGGCGGACGUCCGCGGGGGGCUGCACCUGGCCAGGGACCCCGCUCUGGGCGGUGACUUCACCGGCGUGGAGCCUAUGGGGCUGCUGUGGAGUCUCACGCCGGCCGAGGAUCUCUUUCUCGGGCAGAUGCCGAGGGGCGUAAUGAAAAACCCUCUCAAAGUGGAGGUGACUGUCCACCACAUGUCGCGGCAGCCAGGGGAGCAGCUGGGCCCCGCGCUGGCCUCUGCCCAGAUCCAGCGCUGGUUCGCCAGCCCGGAAUUGAGCCGCACUCGGCUGCAAACCGGCCGCCUGCGGGGCGUCUUCUUGCUGCCCCCAGGAGAUGGUCCUUUUCCUGGUUUGAUUGAUAUGUUUGGUGAUGGAGGAUUAAAUGAAUCUCGAGCAAGUCUCCUGUCUUGUCGAGGUUUUGCUACUCUGGCUUUGCCAUUUUUUGGCUAUGAAGAUCUACCUCCAAUUAUGAAGAACUUAAAUUUAGAUUACUUUGAGGAAGCAGCUAAAUUUGUGCAAAGUCACCCAAAGGUCAAAGGUCCAAACAUUGGAGUAAUUGGUUCUGGCAAAGGGGCAGAAUUGGCAUUUUCCAUGGCUAGCUUUCUUCCCAAUAUAGCUGCAGUUGUGAGCAUCAAUGGCUGCAUCUCUAACACAGCUACUGCCCUUACAUGUGGUAGAUUCGUCCUGCCAGGACUACCUUUUAACCUGGACAAAAUCUCUGCCACUGAUUCAGGAGUAUAUGAUGUCAAAGAAGCGCUAGAGGACCCCUUGAAUCCAGCCUAUCAGGAGAGCCGAAUCCCCCUUGAAAAAGCCAGUGCCCAUUUCCUUUUCAUCGUUGGAGAGGAUGACAGACAUUGGAAGAGCUCUGCUUAUGCUGCCAUAGCUAUGAAGCACCUCACAGAGCAUGGGAAGACAAAUUUUACACUCUUAAACUAUCCUAAUGCUGGCCACAGAAUAGAUCCCCCUUACAGCCCUUUUUUCUCUGUAGCCCUGGAUCCUGUAUUAGGUUUGCCUGUUUUGGGAGGUGGACAACUCAAAGCUCAUGCUGUUGCUCAGAUUGAGUCUUGGAAGAAGAUCUUGGAGUUUCUGCACUUGCAUCUAGGGUGAAGCCUAACAAACUAGACUAUAAUGUUUAGAAUAUGCUCAAAAUAAGUUAAGGGACAGGUUGGAUAUUUUUGACAAAGGACAUUAAGAUCUAGACUUCUCAUGGGCAUCUGCAAGUUUUUAUAAGUAAAAGCACUCGCUUCAAGUCCAUCAGAGCCUGUAGCUUCAAUAUUCUUUUAAGUUUCUCCAGGUUUGCUUUCUUUGAGCUUCAACUCAAG